UUUUUUUUGUCUAUUUCUGGAUGCAUGCAUUCUAGGAGCUUUGGAUCCCCGGAAAUUCUUGCAUUUUGUACCAUGUAUAAUUGCUAGGGUUACUUGGUCCGUUCGCUCGGUUUAAUUUUUUUUUUUUUUUUUGCAAAGCUCAUAAAUUUGUCUAUUUGUUUUAUUUUGCAUGGCUGAAAUUAGUGUAAUUCUUGAAUGGUUUUUGAACGGGGAAUAAAUGAGGGAUUUGGGGUUUUGCUUUUCAAUUAAGUUAAUCUUAAUCAUUGGAAGAAGUUCAAUCAGAGGAUAAAGAUUUUCGAUUUUUUUCCUUUCUCCUUCAAUUGGAGUUUCCCUUCGGGUGAGCUUCGAUUUUUGUUUCAUAUCUCGAAUGCCAUUUGCUUCCAGCACUUGAUAUGAAAAUUCAAAUUUGACUUUUGAUGGCUUAAAAUUUUAAUUUCAGCCAAAAAUUUGAUGUCAUUUUCAUUUCAGAAGAACUUAAAAAAAUCUCGACCUUUUUUUUCUCAAUCUGAAACAACUACAUCCAUUUAAUAUUAUUGACCAAGCCCGUGAUUUGGGGAGCUUUUGCAUGAAUUUCUUUUAGGUUCAACGCAUUGAAAUUCCCUUUAUAAUUUCAUGAGGAAGAUUCACCGUUCACUACAUAUAUAAUAAAAGAAGAAAAAUAAAACAAAAUAAAAAACCCUUUUUUUCGUUUCUCUCGAAUUCGGUAGCUCCAAUUGGAGUUUUGGAUUCAUUUGUGCUAAUAUUGCUCUACACAAAUUGAUGGUCUUUGGUCUGCAAUUCAACCAAAUCUCAUGAUUUGCCAGAUUUAGCUGAAACAUUGAGGGGCCGGAUUAUAGUGGUUAAAUUUCCUGCGUCACUCGUCUAAUAUCAUGUCUACAGUCUACUUCAAUAUGGCGGUGAACUAAAAACUUGAGAUCAAGAAAAUGCUGGAACCCGAGUUGUGCUCUUCCCGUGUUCUGUCUCCUUUCCGUGAAGAAAGCGGUGACGAAGAGUUGUCUGUGCUUCCCCGGCACACGAAAGUUAUUGUUACAGGGAACAACCGAACAAAAUCUGUACUGGUGGGUCUACAAGGCGUCGUCAAAAAGGCUGUCGGACUCGGUGGUUGGCACUGGCUGGUUCUGAAAAAUGGGGUUGAAGUUAAAUUACAAAGGAAUGCUUUAAGUGUACUGGAACCUCCCACUGGGAAUGAAGAAGAUGAAGAUAAUGACUUGGACAACUCCUACAGUAGCUCAGAUAUGGCUAGUAGUAUUGAGUUCCACAAAUCAAGCAAGCCAAGAGUACGCCAUGCACGACAGUGGAUAUCUUCAUCAAAAUUGAACCGAAGCAAUUUCAGACAAGUACAUGGGAAUAUUCAUAAACCUCAAUUGAAAGUCAACCUGGCUAGAUUAGGAUCAAACACAUUGUGGAGAUACUGUAGGCACUUCAAACUCGCGGCCAUGAAUCCCAAUCCAUCCAAGGAGCAAAUGGUUGAUUCUGUACGAAGGCACUUUUCAUCAAUGCAAGUGGACGAGAUUGAUGCUAUUGUGGGGUUCAUUCACUCAGCCAAAAGAUUGAAAGCAGUAGAGAUAUAGAAAGCGACUACUACUACAGCAUCUGCACUCACAAACAGAAGGAAACAACUCAGAUGAUUUCCUUUGCCUGUAAUAUAGAUAUCAAACUAACCUAUAAACUGCAUUUAGGGUGAUGAUAGUCCAAUCCAUUGUGUCAAGUUCCUGUUUUUCUUUAGUAAAUGUAAUAUGGUGGUGUUUGGAACCGCUGCCACAUAGUGCCAAAUCCAAUCCAAUCAUGUUUCAUCUCACAAUUUUAUUUGGUUGAUUGUUACCUUUGAUGAGUUGGAUAGGCACUUAAAGCGUUUUCCCCGGAGGAUAGUGGACCAAUAAUCAAAUGCCAUGCCAGCCUGAUACAUGGGGCGGGCCAUCUGUAUAGAGUUCUGCUUUUUCAUAUUGCCACGUCAA